AUGAUGAAGGCUUCCGUCAAAGGCAAGUACGAUGGCGAUAAGAGCACCGGAGUAGGCUCUCUCGCCUUCAACGCCGGCGAUAUAAAGCUACGCGCCACCAUGACCGAUGCCACCUUCGUCGCUGGUCCAACCUUGAACGGCCUCUCUCUAGCCGUGGAGAAGCCUGGUUUCUUCAUCGUCGAGUAUAACGUCCCUAAGAAAGAUGUUAGGUUUCAGUUCAUGAACACAGUAAGGGUUGCGGAGAAGCCGUUGAAUCUGACUUACAUUCAUAGCAGAGGUGAUAACAGAACCGUUGUGGAUGGGAGCCUUGUGCUUGAUUCCGCUAACAAAGUCUCUGCUAAUUACAUGGUGGGAACCAACAACUGUAAGCUUAAGUACACUUAUGCACACGGAAGGAUUGCUACUUUCGAGCCCUGCUACGACUUUGCCAAGAACGCUUGGGAUUUUGCGGUUUCUAGGAGAGUUUAUGGGGAUGAUGUUGUGAAAGCCACUUAUCAAACUUCUAGUAAGUUGCUUGGUGUGGAGUGGUCAAGGAGCUCCAAAUCCACUGGAUCUUUCAAGGUAUGUGCGUCUGUGAAUUUGGCGGAGGAAGUGAAAACGCCUAAACUGACCGCAGAAACAACAUGGAACCUUGAAAUGUAA